AUGAGUCGGUUUUUUGUUCCAUCAGACUCUCCGUCUCCAAAUCAAACCUUAACUACCGAAUAUUUAUAUCCACGAUCAAAUUAUACCCAAUUACCACAACAAAUAAACCAAUUACCAAUAUUACCUAAACCUCGAAGAAUAGUAAAGAAAAGAGAAAAUGGUGAAUUUUUAAAGUCUUCUUCUUAUGUUGAAUCUUCACAUUGUGUUAGUCCUUCAACAAAACCUAAACCAAAAAAUGAAUGGCUUCAACCAGUAAUCUCUAAAACCCCUCCAGAAAAAGUUUUAAUACACCAAAAUAGACAUGCAAUUUCUUCUUCAACUUCUCCAGAUGAAAUACAAAAACAAAAUGAUAUUGGACUAAAAUCUCAAACUCCUUUCACUCAAUCUAAUGACGUUCAUUCAGCUCUUCCAUUUCCUAAACAAACCAAACCAAAUUCAACUUCUUCUUCUUCUACAAUUGUUUUAGCAGCACCUCCUCCAAAAUUCUUUGCAUUACAAAAUAGAGGAAUAUUAAAAAACGAACAAAAUUUAAUUGCUCCUGGUGUUUCUGUUAAUAAUCAAAAAUUACAAAAACCUCAAAUUACUCCUUCAUUGGUUUUAUCUGGUGAAACUAAACAACAAAUCGCUAUGUUCAGUGAAAAAAAAAGAUUGCAACGUGUUGGGUCUACUUUAAAUUUAGAUCGUAAAAGAAAAUAUAUUACUUGGAAAGCAAAAGAAGGAAAUUCUAUUAUCCAAAUGCCUCAACUUGUCUUUAAACAACCAAUACAAAAAAAAGAAGAAAUAAAACAAGAAGAAACUUAUCCAAAUGAUUUAGAACCUUUAAAAGAUACUAAAAUUAAUGAUUUUUCUUUAAAAGUAUCAUCUCAAUCCAUUGCUGUAUUAAUAAUGGAAACUCAUUGCUAA